CCAGUUUGCUUCGUGCAGUCGUGCCCCCCUCCCCUUUCCUGCUCCGGCUCCACACCUCCCUCCCUCGCCUUCGCUUCGUCGCCACGGCGAACCCGCAGCCGCCCCCGCCGCCUAUCGGGGCGCCCGAUCCGAUGGACACGGAGGAGCCCCCGAAGCCCCCGCCGCUGGAGCCCGCCGGAUCGGAGCCCGAAGACGCCCACCGCACCCCUCCUCCCGCUCCAACCGCCGCACCCGCCCCCAUCCCGCCCGCCGCCGAAGCUGCUGCGCCCCCUGCCUCCGCGACCGCCGCGGCUGUGUCGUCGCCGCCGGAGCCGAACGGCAACUCCGACAGGAAGAAGAAGAGGAAGGCGGAGGAAGGGGAAGGGUCCAAGACGUGCAGCUGUAAGAAGUCCAAGUGCCUCAAGCUCUAUUGCGUGUGCUUUGCUUCUGGAUCACAUUGUACUGAAUCUUGUGGAUGUGAACCUUGUCUCAACAAGCCUAUUCAAGGUGCUCCACGGAGUGCACCAGUUUUGCCUAUGAAACUUAUCCAAACACCAGAGGCUGGUCAAGAUUCAGCGGAACAACUUAUAAGAUGUCCUAUGGAUCUUGUUAGAAGAAAAUGCACCUGCAAGAAGUCAGGCUGCCUUAAGAAAUACUGUGAUUGCUACCAGGGAGGGGCAGGAUGUUCCAUCAACUGUAAAUGUGAUGAUUGUAGAAACCCCUAUGGGAGAAAAGUUGGAGUUAUUUUGGAUGGUAAAAGUGGUUUUGCUGCACCUACACUGAAUGAAAGAAAUGGGACAGAAAUUGACUCAAGUGAUGAUGAAGAUGACUAUUACAUGAAUCGUCCACUUUCGCCCAUCUCUCCAUCUCCAGUAUCCAGAGAGUCUUCUUUCCACCAGGAGACUCUAGUUGGCGUUGAAGUCCAGACCAUGAAUGGGCACCUAUACCCGAAACCACUGACUCAAGUGCGGCCUGAGCCGUCAUCAUGGCAGCUCUCCAGGAGGCCCGCUGCUGAGGAAGUGCGGGGAGAACAAUGGCGCUUUUCACGAAGGCCUAGCGCGGACGGAACAUGUGAUGUCAUGGAAGGGCAUGCCGACCCCAAGUUCCAGAGGGACAAUAAGAAGCCAGAGAGCCGCGUGGACAGGUUCAGCAUCCCGCGGUGCAUCGAGGUGAUGAACGCCAUGACAGAUCUCUCGCCAAUGGAGAAGUCGUUGGCACCAGACGUCUUCUUGGAUCCGAGCAACAGGGAGAUCUUCCUCUCUCUGAGUGUAGAUAUUAGGACCAUUUGGCUGAAGCGUAAGAUGAAGAGCCUUGUCUAGACAUAGCAUGGAAUUUUUCGCCGGCGUAUACUUGAUAAACAUGUGAUGUACUGUAGAUAUGUCUAGCUUGACGAGUUCUGAAGUAAUGUACCUAGUGCUAACUUAUGGUGCUUGUUAUGUUGGAACCCAGCGUAUUAGCAACAUCAAUAAGUUGGUUAUGAUCUUCGGCUAGAAAAGUAACAGUUCUAGAGUGCAAGAAAAAGUCCACAAAAUCUAAGGACAA